UUCCCGAUGCUCUGUUUUUACUCUGUUUCUCUCUUCGUCCUUUUGUUUUCGAACUUGCUUCUUCACGAAGAAACGACAAAAGCAAACGGCUUCCAACUUUUCUCUCUGCUCUUCGUAAAGAGUCUCUCUUUUCUCCCAUUGGAUCUGCCCCUUCUGCAUCGCCUUCGAUCGAAUCCCCUCCCUUUCUUUGCCUCUUUAUAUUUAUCUUUUUCUUCUCUGUCCCCCAACUCAUAUUUGUCUGAGACUUGUUGCCAUCUUAUUAGCACAAACCUUCUAGGUGCGUUUAUGGUUUUGAAUUCAUUAUUACCCCUUAACUCUCUCUUGGGGUUUCUACUCUAGCACCAAAAUUUUGGUAUAUCAUGAUUUUUCCAAGAUUCUCUUCGAUUCCAAAAGGUGGGACUUCCAUAGAUUCUUUAGUUUAUGCCGUUAAGCAAAGCAGAUUCUUGAUUACACGUGAUAGAUUCUAAGUUCCUUGCCGUCUGAAUCAAAGCUCAAUACUUUAUAUGUUUCUUCUUUGGCGUGUCCUUUCAAGUUCCACUCAAUUAGGUGAAAAUCUUUCGAGUUACUGAAGUGAAGGCAUGGAAACUCUGUACCCACCUUCUUUUAUGCCAAACUCAGACUGGUUCGUGCAAGAGAGCAUCAACAACACAGAAUGGACGAGAGAAGAGAACAAGAGGUUUGAAAGUGCCCUUGCCAUAUACGACAAGGACACCCCAGAUAGGUGGCUAAAUGUGGCAGCCAUGAUCCCCGGAAAAACCGUGUGCGAUGUCAUCAAGCAGUACAGAGAACUUGUAGAAGACAUCGGCGAAAUCGAAGCCGGUCGGGUCCCAAUUCCUGGCUACCUGGGUUCUUCUUUCACCUUUGAGCUGGUCGAUCACCCGAAUUAUGAUGCAUACAGAAAGAGGCCCGUGGCUUUCAAGGGUUCUGAUCACGAGAGAAAGAAAGGGGUCCCUUGGACUGAAGAAGAACACAGGCGUUUUCUGAUGGGCCUUCUUAAGUAUGGUAAAGGGGAUUGGAGGAACAUCUCAAGAAACUUUGUGGUGACAAAGACACCAACCCAAGUGGCGAGUCAUGCUCAGAAGUACUACAUAAGGCAGAAGCUGUCUUCUGGAGGGAACAACAAAAGGAGACCAAGUAUACACGACAUAACCAUUGUCAAUCUCACAGAAUCUACCAACCCACAAGACAACAUGCCCCUUCAGUUGAAUGAUCAGUCUUCUAUGUUCUCACCAAAUCAGAAGCCAAAUGAUGGGGUUUUCAACCCUAGUUGUGACAGUUUAUUGCAUUCAUCUUCAUCUGAUAUUGAUCGUGCCCUUCAUGAGGCUUUUGGUUGCACCAACCACAAAAACCAGGGUUUUAGGGCAAAUUCAGGGGACUUCAAUAACCCAGCUGUUUUAGGUAUUCAUGCAUUGUAAUGCCUCUUCUGAUGAUGUUCACAGGCAAAUAUCAAUUAUUCCUCUACUGCAAAGAUCAUUGCUCUGCAUGAGGCAACUUAGUUUAUGAACAUCACAAGCAAAUUCCAAUAAUGUUUCAAUGCCUCAAUUGUUAAUUUUCAAUGGGUUUUUCUGUGAAGUUUUCCUCUUCACCUCCUAUCAAAUAAAAAUUCAGUGAACCUCGUCUUCUAAAA